UUGACGGCUAUCUAGAAUUUUCAUAUUUCUACCUGGAGUGAUAGUAAGCCCUCAGGCUGGAUAUUCCCUAAGAAUCGAAGCAUGGUUCAGGAUGCUCAGGUGAGAAGGAUAAACACAGGACUCCUUCGGCUCAUGUCUACCGGGAUACUGGAGUUUAUGAGGAAAACUGUCUGGGACAGGGUCUACAGAGAGUUCCAUACAGGUUUGAUAACUGAAAGGGUAGAGAAGAAAUGUAGUGGAUAUUUGAAGGACAGAUCUGUAUCCAUCAGGUUUAUGCAACCUUUAGGUAAACCCAAACCCCUUGAUCAAACAAUAGUUCUAGAUUUCAAACCAAACCAACAGAAACUAUCAUUAAACCAUCUGGCAUUUGCAUUCAUGCUACUGGCAGGUAAUUCAUUUUUUCAAUCUUUUCACCAAAAUUAUUCAUCCUUGUUUCCCCUAAGUUCCUUAACUAUCCCUUGAGACAAUUAAGUAAAAAACAUCCCGUUCUGCAAAGUUUUCUCCAAAUCCAAAGACGAUGCAAUUGUGUACACUCUUUUUCGGAAAAUUACCAAUUUUACUUUAAAAGUGAAAAUUACGAACGUUUUGCCAGAAUUUGUCUCACACAUUUGUACAGGACAAAACUUAGGGUUCAGAAAAAUUGUUCACAAGAUUUAAAACUUACAGUUUUUCAAUCAUAGCUCAGUCUUCUUUUUGAAGAAGGACAAAAUGUGUUGAAUAUAUCCAAUAUGUUACUAGUUAAAUUUGUUUCGCACAUACUUGUCCGUGAAAUCAAAACCAAAGGAGACACGAUAUGUGUAAACCAUACAAAUUGAGGUGUAAUUUCCUUAAUCAUGCAUGUGAUGUCUUGAUUUAGUAAAUAAUGUGAGUUCUAGCCACAAAACAAAAUCUAUGAAACCCCAUGCUGUAGAAUUUUGAUAUUCUGUUAGGUCAAAUAGUUUUAACUAUUAUAGAGUCUAAAACUAAAGAAUACGCGAAU